ACAUUUUCAUCCCAUCGCUACUCACGCCCAAAAAAGGAAAAAAAAAAACACAAAUUACACUCCCUUUUCCCAAACUACCCUUCGUUACCUAUCCAAUUUCCUUCUCCGGCCCCUCACUGCUUCCCUGCCAUGGAUCGCGGCGAGCGAAGAUCAUGCAGCGCGCGUCGGGGCUUGAAGCGCAAGCUUGAAGACGAUUUCCAUGGAAACCUUCAAAGUAAGCAUGAUCUUCCUCUGUCGUCUUCUCCUUCUCCGAAGAAGCAGAAUCAUCAAGAUCUGUUAGCAGAGAUUGAUUCCUAUGUUCACCUUCUUAAUUGCUCUUUCUCAUGGUCCGAUUCCCAUCGUUUUGAAUCGAAACGCGCUUCUCAUUUUUUCUCUGAACUCGCCAAAAAUGAGGAAUUGGUGAAUUUGAUUGUUGAUGGUGGAGCUGUGCCGGCUUUGGUAAUGCAUCUUCAGUCUCCACCAGACGACGGCGUGUUGAAACCUCUUGAACACGAGGUCGAAAAAGGAAGUGCUUUCGCUCUCGGUCUUCUUGCUGUUAAGCCAGAAUAUCAGCAACUUAUAGUUGAUGCGGGGGCAUUGCCUCAUCUUGUUGCACUUUUAAAAAGGCAUAAAAGUGGCUGUAAUUCUCGAUCCCUCCAUAGUGCUGUAAGAAGAGCAGCUGAUGCAAUAACUAACCUUGCUCACGAAAAUAGUAGUAUCAAAUCUCGUGUAAGGGUUGAAGGCGGCAUUCCACCACUUGUUGAACUUUUAGAUUCUACUGAUGUUAAAGUCCAGAGAGCAGCAGCAGGUGCUUUAAGAACUCUUGCUUUCAAAAAUGACGAGAACAAAAAUCAGAUUGUGGAAUGCAAUGCUUUGCCUACCCUAAUGUUAAUGCUUCGUUCCGAGGAUCCAGCUAUUCACUAUGAAGCGGUUGGUGUUAUUGGGAAUUUGGUCCACUCAUCUCCUAGCAUAAAGAAAGAUGUUCUCCUAGCUGGUGCCUUGCAACCUGUCAUUGGGCUGCUCAACUCCUGCUGUUCUGAGAGCCAAAGAGAAGCAGCUUUACUCCUUGGGCAGUUUGCCUCGGCUGAUUCAGAUUCCAAGGUACACAUAGUCCAGCGAGGUGCUGUCCCACCUUUGAUUGAGAUGCUUCAGUCGCCAGAUGCACAGCUUCGAGAAAUGUCAGCUUUUGCUCUUGGAAGGUUGGCUCAGGAUUCACAUAAUCAAGCUGGUAUAGUUCAAUGUGGGGGUAUUGUGCCAUUGUUAAAACUUCUUGAUUCAAAAAAUGGUCCUCUACAGCACAAUGCUGCAUUUGCUUUAUAUGGCCUUGCGGACAAUGAGGAUAAUGUUGCAGAUCUUAUUAAAAUUGGUGGUGUUCAGAAGCUCGAAGAAGGGGAUUUCAUAGUUCAGCCAACUAAGGAUUGUGUGGCAAAGACUCUGAAGAGACUGGAAGAAAAGAUCCAAGGACGAGUACUUAACCAUUUAUUAUACCUUAUGCGGGUUGCUGAUAAAACUGUUCAAAGACGGAUUGCUAUAGCUCUUGCUCAUCUCUGUUCUUCUGAGCAUCAUAGAAGGACCUUCAUUGACAAUAAUGGUUUGGAUUUGCUCUUGGAGCUUCUUGAAUCAUCAGGUAUUAAGCAACAACAAGAUGGUUCAAGAGCUUUGUACAAGAUGGCUAGCAAAACCACUUUACUCUCACCAGUUGAUGCAGCUCCUCCUUCACCAUCACCACAGGUGUAUUUGGGUGAGCAAUAUGUAAAUAAUUCGACAUUGUCUGAUGUUACCUUCCUUGUAGAAGGUAGGAGAUUCUAUGCUCACCGUAUAUGCCUUCUUGCAUCUUCUGAUGCAUUUCGUGCAAUGUUUGAUGGUGGUUACAGGGAGAAGGAUGCUAAAGAUAUAGAGAUUCCAAAUAUUAGAUGGAAUGUCUUUGAGUUAAUGAUGAGAUAUAUAUACACAGGCUCUGUAAAUGUAAAUUUGGAUAUUGCUCCGGACUUACUAAGAGCUGCUGAUCAGUAUCUACUAGAUGGUCUAAAACGACUUUGCGAAUAUGCCAUUGCCCAGGAUAUCUCUGUGGAGAAUGUCACACUUAUGUAUGAGUUGUCAGAGGCAUACAAUGCUAUCUCAUUAAGGCAUUCUUGCAUCUUGUUUAUCUUGGAGCAGUUUGAUAGAUUAACUUCCAAACCCUGGUAUCCUCGCCUAAUUCAACGCAUUGUACCUGAGAUCCGUGAAUUUUUUGAAAGAGUACUUACAAAGCCUAGCUUAGUUGAAGUAACACAGGAAUAGAAUCUUUGAACAACCAGUUAGGACGUCUAUAUGCACAUAAAUCAUUUUUAGCUCCAUAUCAAUUUUUGAGCUUGGGGAGCAGAUUAUGGCUUCCAUCGGCAUCUUGAUCCUUCAGUAUAAUUGGUUAGUGUAAAUCAUUUGUAGAACAUAUUUUUUUAAGGAAAAUUUUGCUAUUAGCCUUGGUUCUCUUUUAGGUUUUUCCUUUUUUUUUUUGUAUUAUUUUAUUUCUGUAGGUAUGUAAAUUCCAAAUGUUCGUAUGACUGAGUAAAAUUUUGGUUGUGUAUCUCCUAUUUGAUGAGUUGCAAAUUUGAAGGGAGUCAUCUUUGAUGUCUGAAGUCAUCAAACAAACUGAUCAUAGAUAAUUACAGAUACUACGGAGUAACAAGUAACAAGGACAAAGCCAGUAUUUCAGAAGGGAGCUGGGGAGGGGGCAUUUUUUAUUUUAUUUUUUAAUUUUUAUUAUGGAGUACUAAUUUAUUUUAAGAAAAUAAAUAUUAAGAAAAAUUAUGCCCGUGUACCUUAUUUUACACAUAUUUUGUGAACUACUCCUUAUUACCUUAUUUAGUUUCGUGA